UCCUCCUCUCCCACCGCCUGCGCCGUUGCGGCGAUCUCCAUCUCCGACGAGCAGCGGCGCCGGCGUCCUGCUGCUGCUUCCGUCGCAUACUCUCUCGCCUCUGACUCCUUGCGCCCAAGUUAGUACCGCUGUUUUACCCCCUCGGACUUCACCCCCGUCUCCUCGCUAGUUGGCCCGCGGCCUGCGCCGGUCUCCAUCCCUCCCGCGAGCAGCGGUGCCGUCGUCCUGCUGCUUCCGCCUCCGAAAUUUGGGGUUCAUCUGAACUCGACGUUAGGUCCCCCCCUGGCUGUUGAUUCGUCUAGGCGGGGAGAGGGGGGAACGGGUGAAAAUGGUGAGCAUGGAGGUCACCGAUGAGAUGUUCAAGUGCAUGGAGGUCGGGCUGGCCUUCCGGGACUAUAAUGGAAGAAUCAGCUCAAUGGAUUUCCACAGCAAGGCUACAAAUUACCUUGUGACAGCAAGUGACGAUGAAUCAAUUCGCCUAUAUGACAUUCAAAAUGCUGUGUGUUUGAAGACGAUCAAUAGCAAAAAGUAUGGGGUUGAACUUGUGUGCUUCACUGAAAACCCAACUUAUGUCUUGCAUUCUUCAAAAAAUGGAUGGGAUGAUUCUCUCCGUCUACUCUCACUGGUCAAUAACUGUUUUUUGAGAUAUUUCAAAGGCCAUCUAGACAGGGUUGUUUCUAUCUCAUUGUGCUCUGAGAACGGGAACAUUCUCUCUGGAUCACUUGAUCGAACAGUUCUCCUAUGGGAUUCAAGGGUUGAAAAGGCACAGGGUUUAUUGCGUGUUCAGGGGAGGCCUGCAGUUUCUUAUGAUGAUCAGGGUUUGGUUUUUGCAAUUGCAUAUGGUGGCUACAUAAGGAUGUUUGAUGCUCGAAAAUUUGAGAAGGGGCCUUUUGAUAUUUUCUCUGUUGGUAAUGAUGAUUCAGAAGCCAAUGUCAUAAAGUUCAGCAGUGAUGGAAGGAGGCUUCUUUUAACCACCAAAGCUGGGCGUGUUCAUGUGCUAGAUUCGUUUCAUGGCAAUAAUAUUGCGACAUACAAUGUAAAGCCAGUGGUAAGCAAUUCAACGCUGGAAGCAUCAUUCAGCCCUGAUGGAAACCAUAUAAUAUCUGGCUCUGGUGAUGGUAGUGUAUAUGCUUGGAAUGUUAGGAGUGGAAAGGUUGCGCGCUGGGGAAGCACAGAUAGUGAGCCGCCGCUAAUUAAGUGGGCUCCAGGAUCUUUGAUGUACUUGACUGCAUCUUCGGAACUGUCCUGCUGGGUCCCUGAUCUAUCUAAGCUGGGAUCCUUUGGUGUUACCAAGUAAUUGCAAUGUUACGAGUUGUUUGUAAAUAUAUAUCUGCUCCCAGGCUUUUGUUCUAGUCAAAUCUAAGCCGCUGUGGGUCAAACCCAGCCCAGCUCACCUGCAUAUAGACGUUGUGUUGGGCCAAUCACGGCGCAAGGAGGAGGGGACGGGCUUUACCCCGCUAGGCCUGAGCCAAACCGGGAAACUCGUUUAAUCUCUGAAGGGACGCUCCCUCAUUUGUUCAAAAUACCUCCCAAAUAAUUAUUAAAAAAAAUUAAAAAUUGGAUAACGCAAAACGCUCUGCAAGAAAUCGGUUCUAAAUUCAACACCUGAGACAAAUUCAGAGUGUGGGUAAUGUCGGUAUUAUUCAUAUUCGAACUUGUCUUUUUUCUUAACCUAAAU